UCACUCAGUAUCUUAUUAAUCGUAUGAAGUUCGACGAGUUAGUUAAUUUUAAGCUACGUAAAUCUCGUAAACUUAACGUUACAUAAUUGUCUAAUUUUUUGUUUUGAACUAAUCUUUUUUCGAUGCAUUCGAAUAUUAUUAGAAGUAAUUAAUUUACGAUAAAAAAGAAUAAUUAUUUCUAAGAAAAUUCUGUGCUUUAUCUACCACUACAUUACUUGCAACUAGUUAUUACAAUCCCCAAACAUGUCACAAUAUGAGGAUUUCAUUGUGGAAGACAAAGGAAGCGAUGAAAAUAGUACAAUAGAAUCAGGAAUUCGUCAUAGAAUUCCAUGGAGUGAUCGUGUAUCAUUGAAUAGUGAAAUACCUGGGUUACAUGAAGUUAAAGAAUUGUUAGAUGAUGAUGAUGCCAGCUGUUUGGCAGAAGAGGAAGAUGGAGUUGGGUGUCCUCUACCUUCGACUCCAGAAGAUGAUCACCUUUUGGAUUGUGAGAUGACAGAGGUGUUGAAAGCUGGUGUAUUAAGCGAUGAAAUUGAUCUGGGUGCAUUGGCACAUAAUGCUGCUGAGCAGGCUGAAGAAUUUGUUCGCAAGGUAUGGGAAGCAUCGUGGAAGCAAUGUCACUUUAGAAACCUCCCGAGAUGGUUACAAGAUAAUGAUUUCUUGCAUGCUGGUCAUAGACCACCGUUACCAUCAUUUUAUGCUUGCUUUAAAAGUAUAUUUCGAAUUCAUACAGAAACUGGAAAUAUUUGGACUCAUUUACUCGGAUGUGUGGCAUUUAUUGGCAUAGCUAUAUUUUUCAUAACACAGCCUCCUAUAGAAAUACAACUGGAAGAAAAAUUGGUAUUCGGUACUUUCUUUGCCGGUGCUAUCUUAUGUCUGGGACUGUCAUUUGCCUUUCAUACAGUACACUGCCACAGUGAAUGCGUUGGAAAGUUGUUCUCAAAACUAGACUAUUGUGGAAUAGCUAUGCUAAUUAUGGGUAGUUUUGUGCCAUGGUUGUAUUAUGGUUUCUACUGUGAUUAUCAACCUAAACUUAUUUACUUAUCCGUGGUCGUAAUACUUGGUGUAACAAGUAUUGUUGUAUCAUUAUGGGAAAGAUUUGGUGAACCAAGUUACAGACCAUUAAGAGCAGGUGUUUUUAUGGGAUUUGGUCUUAGUGGGGUAAUACCAGCUGUGCAUUAUGCCAUUGCAGAGGGUUGGUUUAAAGCAAUUAGUCAAGCUUCUCUUGGAUGGUUAAUAUUAAUGGGAUGUUUAUAUAUCUUAGGUGCAAUGUUUUAUGCAUUAAGAGUACCUGAACGAUUUUUCCCUGGCAAAUUCGAUAUUUGGUUUCAGAGUCAUCAAAUUUUCCAUGUAUUAGUAAUUGCCGCUGCUUUUGUUCAUUAUCAUGGAAUAACUGAGAUGGCUAUGUAUAGAAUGACAAUAGGGGACUGUACAAAUCCAUCGCAGGUGAUAGCCUUUUAACUAUGCACUGGGGAUAUGAUUGUGUUGUUGGAUUUCAUCUUAUGUGUAAUUUUAUGGUGACUCAGAAAAUUCCUAAAUCUUUGGGUGUCAGUAGAUCUGUACUAUCAAAGAACUGCUGGAAACAAUAUCGUUAAAAUGAAGGGUAACAAGACUUCUCAUUCUUUAUCAUAACUAAAAAAAUUUAAUAUAGAGUUUAUAAAGAUUCUAUAAAAACAAUAAAAUAAUACAUGUGAUAAUAAAGAUUACUCAGAUCAAUUUAUAAUAUUUAAUAGAAUCUUUUUACAUCUUCGUAAAUCUGAAUCCCUGAUAACAAAGAUAACAUUACAUUAAUGAACAAUAAUAUAAAUAAUUUAUUUACUAAUUGCAACUAUUGUAAAGAGAAAACAGAUAAUAUGAUCGACUUUUUGAUUUAUGCAGUUCUCUUGUUAAGAAGAAAUUAAUAAAAAUGAUAAAUUAUAAAACAAAGUACAGAGAUAUAUGACAACGACAUAAAACUUAAUUAUAUUAAGAUUUAGGAACAAAUUGUAACUACAAAUGAUUUUAUAGCGUAAGCACUAUAAAAGUUGUACUACAUCUUGAACACAAACAUUGUUAAGCAAUGAAAACUAUUAUAAUGAUUAUGGGAACUAUAAAAAUUUAACUUCUUUUGGAUCACAUUUGUAAGAAAAAGUAACACUGGUUUUUCCAGCAUGUAUAUAUUCAAAAAUUUAUGUAUGAUAAUUUUGCACUCUAGCUUUCUACUUCAAAUGAUGAUUGCAGUUUCCAUUGUACAGUACUAGUAAAAUAAUCUUUAUUAAUACAGUACUUGUUAAACAUUUUCAA